AUGCGUGCUCAGAUUGUCGAUCUAACCCGCAAGCUGGACGAGUCGAACGAGCAGCGCGCCCUCCUGGAAGCGUCUCUUGGCAACAGGGAAGCGCUUCCGGAGCUGUACCUUGCACAAUGUCAGGAAUUUAUGUACGCUCAUGCCAUCGCUGCCGCGUCUAUGAUGGUCGACGCCACUUCGCUUUCCCACAACGGUGGCAAACCAGAGCAAUGCAAGGAUGUCUCAACGACGGACUCUGCGAUGACUUCGCCUUCGAGGGACACAGUCAUCGAAAACCUGCAAAAGGCCAUCAAGGAUCAGUCGAACCGACUGAAGGAGGUCCAAUAUGCACUGAAGCGCUCAACGAAUGAGCUGCAGCAGCGCACAGAGGCCCUCCGCCAACAAGACGAGAGCCUCGCCGAGAUGAAGCAUCGCCUCACUGAGUUGGAGACAAGCAACACGUCGCUCAGGCAACAGCUUCUUAAUGCACCCAACACUGACGAGUGGAAGCAGGCGCAGGAGGAUCUAGACCAGCAACUCGAGCGGACUCGGCUAGAGUAUGAAAUUCGUGAAAGUCAGCUUGUCCUCCAGUACAGCGCCGAGCUGCAAGCCCUGAAAGCGUCACACGAGCGGGAGGUGCACGAGAUGCAGCGAGAGCACCGCGAUGCCAUUGCAGAGACGCUUCGCGCUGCACAGGUGAGCAGCGCACAAGCUACCGUGUGUAACAGUGUGCAUCCGCCUGGGGCAAGUGACGUCCCCCACCAUGGCACCCACUCCGGCAAAACCGAUGAUGAUGCCUACUUGAACCUACUGAGCGAUUACAAAGCAAUGGAAAGGCAGUGUGCAACCGCCAUGAAGGAGCGAGGCGCCAUGGUGGCUCAACAAAAAGCCCUUUUGCGUGAGCUGAAAGACGUUUUACACAGCGCGGUAGGGCCGCUUCCAGCUUCAGACACGAGUAAUACCUCCGUCACCGCCACAACGUCCGCAGACGAGACCCAAGCCACUGCUGGGUGGAACUCGGUGACCGACAUUCACAAUCUCAAAGAGGCCGUGCGCCAGAUCCACGAGCAGAGCCUGAGAUUCGCCGGGCUUCAGGAGGAGCUGAUGCGCACUCGUCGCGAAGUGAUGCAGCUGCGGCGCUCCACGACCGGGCCGUCAGAAGAUGGUCUCGGCGCGCAGCAGCUGCAGUACGUGCGCUCCGUCGUGGUGCGACUCUUCUGCUCGCUGAGCGAUGUUCAUGUGGCGCGGCACCUGCUACCUGUUCUCAGCACACUACUCAAGUUCACAGAUGAGGAUCUCAAGGCAAUCACCAAGGCCAUGCUGUAA